AUGCUGAGCAGGCUGAAGGUAACAGGGAUGAGCAAUAACUUGAUAAACCCUGCCUUAAAAGGGUUUGGUCCGUGGGCGAAGACUGCAUGCCAACAAUUGAGCAGACACAGUGGUUUAGGGUUGAGAGCAAAUGGCACAUCGGCAUCUGCCGAUGAAAUAAGCCAUUUCCAGGAACUGGCACCCACUUGGUGGGAUGUCAGUGGUCCUCAAAGAAUUUUGCAUUUAAUGAACAAUGCCAGAAUGGACUUUAUACAACAAACUCUGAAGAAUAGUGUCAAAAUAAGUGAUCCAGAAACAUAUAUUCCAGGAUUUAAUUAUCGUGGCUUCUUGCCGCCAUAUGUGGCUCGUAACAUUGAUCAUGAAUUGGAACUUGCGAUAAGCAAAAGUCAAACUGAGGAAAAGAUUUCUGUGCUAGAUGUUGGCUGCGGAGGGGGAAUCCUUUCUGAGGCACUUGCAAGAUUAUCAAAUGUGAAACAUGUUACAGGAAUAGAUCUGACAGCAGAAUGCAUUGCAGUUGCCAAAAACCACGCAUUAGCUGACCCAAGUCUCAAAGGUAAACUUGAUUAUGAAUAUCAGGCGUUGGAAAAGGUUCCUGGUAUUUAUGAUGUCGUGACGUGUUUUGAAAUGUUAGAGCAUGUCGACAAUCCCGGUCAAAUUUUGAGACACUCGUGGUUGAAACUGAAACCCAAUGGAAUCCUUUUUCUGAGUACAAUUAACAGAGACAUCGUCUCUUGGUUCACCACAAUUUUUAUGGGAGAGUAUGUCCUUAAGAUUGUCCCUAAGGGAACACAUCACUUGAGCAAAUAUAUAAAAUCAUCUGAAAUACAAGAAUGGUUCCAACAAAAUGAACCUUCUACGCACGAAAUCCUACAAACAAAAGGCACUAUGUAUUUGCCACUCAAAGGUUGGGUAGAACACGAUUGUUCCGACGUUGGUAACUAUUUUAUGGCUAUUGGAAAAUUAUAG